AUGCCGAACACACGAUUACAUUGCAACGUCACGCCUCGCUUCACACUGAUACGCCGCCAGCGUCGCCUUCAGGAAUACCAGGUCAUCGGGCGCCAUCUGCCCACCGAGGCCAACCCGACCCCCAAGCUCUACCGCAUGCGUAUCUUUGCGCCGAACGAGGUCGUCGCCAAGUCGCGGUUCUGGUACUUUCUCGGCAAGCUCCGGAAGAUUAAGAAGGCGAAUGGCGAGAUCGUUUCGAUGAACCAGAUCUUCGAGAAGCGCCCGCAGAAGGUCAAGAACUUCGGUAUCUGGAUUCGCUACGACUCGCGCUCCGGCACCCACAACAUGUACAAGGAGUACCGUGAGAUGUCGCGAUGCGACGCCGUAGACUCUCUGUACCAGGACAUGGCGGCCCGGCACCGAUCUCGCUUCAGGUCGAUUCAGAUCCUCAAGGUCGUUGAGGUCGAGAAGACCGCCGACGUCCGCCGCCCGUACAUCAAGCAGCUCCUCGUCAAGAAGCUCAAGUUCCCUCUCCCCCACCGCGUCAACAAGAAGGCCAGCAAGAAGAUCUUUGCUGCCCACCGUCCAUCAACCUUUUUCUAAGCGUCUUCUUUCUUGGAGUGGGGUCUGGCUGGCGGGGAUGAUAUGGCUUUCUCGGGCUCUUAUGCAUGGCUUCAAAAAUGAAGUACACUAGGAACGAAACAAAAUCCCUGAUAUCUACCAUUUCUCAAUCGAACUAUGGACCAUGUGAGCAGUCUAGGCUGGAGCACUCUUUUCCCCAGGGAUGCCACUUAUGCAGAUGAACACAGUGGGUUGGACUCUGAGCUGGCUAUGCCAUAGUGUACAGGAAUGACUUGGAACUUUGUCGACCGUAUUCUUCCGAAUGCCAUGACACGUAUCAGACGAGAUGCCCAAAAUGAAGGCAGUUUCGACAUCGGGAAGAGAUGCAGCCUGAUAACGGGCCGGGCUAUUACUUUCAGAAACC